UCCAAAGUUGAGCAUCGACCUUCUUUUACCCAUUUAAAUCGAAGUAAUUAACAACCAUGACAUUGGUGUCACUAGGAAGAAAUCUGUUGCAUCAGUUUGGUCACAGCGCAGGAAUCUGCCGAGUUCAUCAUCUGUUCUUCCAAAAGGGAUUUUUCAAGAAAUUACGAUUUCUCUUCAUUAUGGGAUUCUUAGAAUCGGUUUCUAAAGCAUUCAGUCCACCACCUCCGAAAAUAUGUGGAUCUCCAGAUGGUCCUCCAAUCACAUCACCCAGGAUAAAGCUUCAUGAUGGAAGACAUUUAUCCUAUAAGGAACAUGGCGUUUCAAAAGAUUCAGCGAAAUAUAAGAUAAUAUUUAUUCAUGGUUAUAACAGUUGCAAAGAAUAUAAUCCAUUAGCCAUUACUACCUCUCCGGAUCUUAUCGAAAGUUUAAGGGUGUAUAUUGUUUCAUUCGACCGACCUGGUUAUGGAGAGAGUGAUCCAAACCCAAAUCGAACCCUAAAAAGUUUUGCUUCUGAUGUAGAGGAGCUUGCUGAUCAGCUUGGACUUGGAUCAAAAUUCUAUUUAGUUGGAUUCUCAAUGGGUGGACAAUUGGUUUGGCCUUGUCUCAAGUACAUCCCUCAAAGGUUGGAAGGAGCAGCUCUCGUUUCACCUGGAAUUAAUAACUGGUGGCCUUCCUUCCCUUCAAACUUAUCCAAUGAAGUGUAUAAUAAAAUGAUGAAGAGAGACCAAUGGGCUCGACGUGUUACUCAUUACCUGCCAUUAUUGACCUACUGGUGGAACACUCAAACAUUGUUCCCUAGACCAUCUCUUUUUUCUCGGGUCGGUGAAAUGUUUUCUCCCCAAGACAUGGAAGUUUUAUCAAAGCUUUCUGACUUACAGAUGCAGACAACCCCACAAGGAGAAUUCGAGUCUCUCCAUCGAGAUCUAAUAAUUGCAUACGGUAAAUGGGAAUUUGAUCCAAUGGAGCUCGAGGAUCCCUUUCCAAAUAUUGAAGGAUCAGUUCAAAUAUGGAUGGGUGAUAAUGACGACUUUGUUCCUGUGGCAUUACAACGUUACAUUGCCCAAAAACUCCCAUGGAUCAAAUACCACGAGAUCCCAGGUGCUGGCCACAUGUUUUUUUUAGCUGAUGGUAUGUCCGACACCAUCUUGAAAACACUCCUUAAUGUGAAAGAUUAGCUUAAUGUCUCAUGGGCUUUGGAUCACUUGGUCUUUGUAUUUUAGGCUUUUAAAACUCGAUUUGCUUUGUUAUUUUUAGUCUAAACUAAAAAAAAUGUGUUAUUUCGGUGUCAUAUAGGGAAUUGGAUCACUUCGUCUUUGUAUGAUAUGCUUUUAAAAGUCGAUUUAUUUUGUUAUUUUCAGUCUAAAUUGGAAAAGCGUGUUAUUUCGGUGACAUGUAUCGUUCAAUAUUUAUUCAGUUGGUGGGUUUUUUCUCC